CAUAUGAAUGGGAUGAUGACCACCAAAUUAAAUCUUCAAGUUCUUAAGUAUAGAGCUUUCUUGUUUUUCACUUGCAAGUUCAUUGAGAUCCUCUUCAAGUUCUUAUAAACUUUAUUGCUAGUCUUUCCUCCAAAGAUUUACAGCAAUGGGGUUCCGUCUGCCUGCUGUAAUUCCUGCUAAGAAACUUUUUCGACGGUCUUUUUCAAAUUCAAGUCAAGGAGCUUCAUAUAAUUUAGCAGAUGUCCCUAAAGGUUAUUUUGCAGUUUAUGUUGGUGAGAGUGAGAAGCACCGAUUUGUGGUUCCCAUAUCAAUCCUCUGCCAGCCUGCAUUUCAACACUUGCUAAGUGAAGCUGAAGAAGAAUUUGGAUUUGAUCAUCCAAUGGGCGGUCUAACAAUUCCCUGCAGACAAGAUGCUUUCCUUGAUCUAUUAUCUCGCUUGAGUGCAGUAUGAUAGAGUAGCGGAUUGUGGAGAGCAAUUACACGAACUGUGUGAUUGUUACAAUUUUGGAAACCAAACAAUUUCCAGAUUUUGUACAUUUUUUUUCGAUUGAGGAGGGAGACACGUACUUUUCCCCUUGAAUCAGAUUAUGUAAAUGCCUAAAUGGAGACUGUAGCAAUAUUCAUAGCUUAUUACAUUACAAUAUAGAAUGCAUCCCCUUAAAUUA